ACCAAUAGGGUUGCGCAGAUUUGUGAAUCGCGUUCCUGUUUGAGAGUUUUGCGGGAAGUUCAGAGCCGCAUCAAGGAUAACUUUGGAAACAGCAGUAAAGAUGCCGCCUAAAGCCAAGGCAGUAGGAAAGGGCAGAGGACCUGCUAAAAGGAAGCUGGCUGAGGAGUUCCCACCGGGAGAGAUACUGACAGACACUGGCAAGAAGUCCUGGAAACUGGGUGCUCCAAUAGGACAGGGAGGCUUUGGACUGCUGUACUUGGCUGAUGAAAAUACACCCAAACCCGUUGGAGCAAAUGCUGCAUAUGUCAUCAAAGUGGAACCAAGUGACAAUGGACCUCUGUUUUCUGAACUCAAGUUUUACAUGCGAGCUGCCAAGCCUGAUCUAAUUCAAACCUGGAUGAAGACUCACAAGAUAAAGUAUCUAGGCGUUCCAAAGUACUGGGGGUCAGGUCUUCAUGAGAAUGGAGGGAGACGGUAUAGGUUCAUGGUGAUGGACCGGUUUGGGACAGACCUGCAGAAGAAGUUUGAGGAGUGUGGAAAGAGUUUCUCCCGAAAGCUGGUCCUGCAGCUUGGGCUGAAACUCCUGGAUAUACUGGAGUACAUCCACGAGCAUGAGUAUGUUCAUGCCGACAUCAAAGCGUCCAACCUCCUCCUCAGCCACAGCAACCCCGACCAGGUUUACUUAGUAGAUUAUGGACUAGCCUAUAGGUACUGUCCCGAGGGCGUGCUGAAGGACUACAAGGAGGACCCCAAGAGGUGCCACGACGGCACCAUCGAGUUCACCAGCAUCGACGCACACAAAGGAGUGUCUCCGUGCAGGAGAGGAGACCUGGAGAUCCUGGGCUACUGCAUGGUGCAGUGGCUGUGUGGCCGGCUGCCCUGGGAGGACAAGCUCCAGGACCCUGUCUACGUCAGGGACUCCAAGAUCAAAUGCCAAGAGAAUGUCUCAGAGUUCAUCUCCAAAUGUUUCCCCUCUGAAGACAAACCAGAUGAACUUCAGAAGUUUAUGGAAGAGGUCAAGUCCCUGAGCUAUACGGACAAACCGGCCUAUCAGAAGCUGCGUUCCAUCCUGCAGGCGGGGCUAAAGUCCAUUGGCGCCAAAGAUGAUGAUAAGCUGGAUUUCUCAACUCAGGUCAAUGGUGCUGGGCCUUCGUCUCCUGUCAAGAAGAACACCAAGCGAAAGAAAGUGGUGGAGAAAGAGGAGGAUGAGACUGACAGCAUGCCAGCCAAGAAAAGGGCUGUCGCUAGGAAGAAAGCGGUCAAUGGGGUCAAGAAAGGUCCCAGUGCUGAGAAGGCAGUGAGUCCAAAGAAGGCCCCUCCCAAGAGGAAAGCUGCUGUCAGUGCCGAAGCAGAGUCCCCAGAACCACAAGUCAAGAAAGGCAGAGGAAGACCCAAGAAAAACCCAUAGUCUACCCCUCAUCCAUUCCUUCUGUCUCUCUCUCUCUCUGUUUCUCUAUUUUCUAACCUCUUUUUGCUGAUUUUAAGAAAUGUACCUUUUUGGAUUUUUGUAAAGUCUGGUUUGUAACUGUCUGUUCUGCUGUUUUUUUUGCCAUUGGCCUUUAUUAGCACGUCUGAAUAAUCAGGUGAUGCCGCCACUGGUUGGAUAAUAAAUACAUUUUAAGAUU